AUUCUUCAGACGUUCUAAAGUAGAGGUAUUAAGCUUGGCGACAAAAAAACCUAUCAUUAGCAUUAACGGCUAUUUGCUAUUAGCUCUGGUUGCGGAUGGUACCAAGCAAAAUGGAAUAACCGUUUGUUACUAUAACAAGUUGCCACCUAUUUUCUUUAACGCGCGCAAUACUGUAAAACCAAUUAUCCACAAGGAGUCGAUUUUCCAAUUCAAGGUGUACCAUGAUAGUCGACUGCAAAGACGAGUGCCAUUUCGGAAUCGGUGAAAUGGACAUCUUUGCAAGCAUUACUCCCGACGUGGUGAAAGAACAUCGAGCACACGUGGAAAAUGCUAGCUACAUCAUUCUUGACGAUAAUCUACCCCUGAACACGAUUAAAUAUAUUCUGGAUCUAGCCACCCAUUCAAAAAUUCCAGUUUGGUACGAGCCUACAGACGUGAAGAAAGCAACAAAAAUAUUUGAAACAGAAUCACAGUGGCAAAAUGUUCGCAUCAUAUCUCCAAACAGAAAUGAAUUAAAGGCAAUUGCAAAAUGCCUGGGGAUAUCAGUGACCAAAGAAAAGUCGUCUAUGGAUUUAGAAGAAGUAAAGACAAUAGCGGAACACGUAGCUGAAAUUGUUCCAGUAAUUGUUGUUCGUAAAGCUUUGGGAACUAGUAGCUUUUUGCUACCAGUGACGGCGCGAAGUUCGAGAGCCCGCAGCAGACGAGGUUUUGACAGAAGAUAGGGACGGACUCGAGCCGCGUUCGAAGUAUUGAACAAGUCACGAAGCGUGAACUUUCCGGAUUUUUUUUUAUUACGUAAAAGUGAUAUUUUUAAGAAAAACGCUGUUUACCUCUACUGUAGAACUCUACUGAAGAAUAUUUACUAAUUUUUCGGACCCGAAAUAAUAUGUAGUUUAACCGUGA